UGGAUUUAAAUUCCUGAAUUUUUUAGGAAUAUUUUAAAAAUUUUUGGAAUUUUUUGGGAUAAAUUUUGAUUUUUUUUGCCCAUGACCAUCCACAAUUUGUACAUUUUCGACCGCGGCGGUUCCUGCCUGUUCUACAGCGAAUGGCACCGCAGGAGAGCGCCAGGAAUCCCCCAGGAGGAGGAAUUCAAGCUGAUGUUUGGGAUGCUUUUCUCUCUUCGCUCCUUCGUCAACAAGAUGAGUCCGACUGACAUGAAGGACGGGUUUGUGUCGUUCCACACCAGCCGGUACCGCCUCCAUUACCUGGAGACGCCGUCGGGGCUGCGCCUGGCGCUCAACACCGACCUGGGCGUGGCCAGCGCCAGGGACGCGCUGCAGCACAUCUACAGCAACCUUUUUGUGGAGUUGGUUGUGAAGAAUCCGCUGUGCCCGCCCCGGGCUCCGGUGCAGAGCGUCCUGUUCCGGCAGCGCCUCGACGCCUUCGUGCGCUCCCUGCCUUAUUUCGGGCCGAAAAACCCAAAUUCCUGACCCAAAAAGAAAAAUUCCUGACUCAAAAAUAAAAAUUCCUGAGCCAAAAAUAAAAAUUC